AUGAUCAUGCAUGAGAGAAAUGUCGAGGAAGGGACUAUUGAGUGGUGCAUGCACAUGCCAAGGCAUGGCCCAGGAGUCUCACUCUCCUCUCCUUCAGAUGAAAAUUCAGCUGAUGCCGGCUUCGAUUCUCAAAUCUGUCAUCGCUAUGAAGAUGUCUAUGUCAAUACCCUCACCUGCGGCAUAAUUGGGUUUACUGCCCCUGAGUACUCCUACACAGGAAAGUGCACACUGAAAAAUGAUGUCUUCGCAUAUGGGAAAAUGCUUCUCGAACUCAUCUCGGGACAGCCAAUUUUUGACGUGUUCCCUGAGGUACACAAUGGCGAAGCUUUAUGGUUAGAAGAUUGGGUUAGAAAACAUAUGAAUGAAGGCCAGUUGGGAAGGGUGAUCGAUCCCACUUUGCAGGGGAACUAUGUGGAAGAAGAAGCAGAGCGACUAGUGCGAUUGGCAUUGUUGUGUGCACACAAGGAUCCAUCUGUUCGACCAGAGAUGUCUGAAGUGGUUGAAAUACUCGAAAGCCAGUUUCUCCAGCGGGAUUCUAGUACAAGGAGUAGUUGGAGUCCUAGUGAGUGUGAAUCGACUCCUCCAUACUACUCUUUGCCCCAUUCUCCUUCUCCUCCUUUGGUGAUAGGUCCAUGA